GGCGCGCGUGCGCAGUUGCUCUGCGGCGGAGGGAGCCGCGAUGGAGGGCGCCCCGCCGGCCCGCCAGGUAAUAAAUGAAGGAGAUUCAAGCUUUGCCACUGAGCCACAGGAAGAGAUAGAGGAGAAUCCUAGCCCAGCUGUGGAUGAAAAUAAUAUAGUGUCAGCAAAAAAACAGGGGCCGAAUUUACAUAACUGGAGCAGUGACUGGGGCUUUUGGAUUUCAAGUUCCACCUAUAAAGACAGGAAUGAGGAAUACAAAAGACAGUUCACACAUUUACCUGAUACAGAGAAGCUGAUAGCAGAUUAUGCUUGUGCUCUUCAGAGGGACAUUUUGCUGCAGGGACGUCUAUAUCUUUCAGAAAACUGGCUGUGUUUCUAUAGCAACAUCUUCAGAUGGGAAACUACAAUUUGUAUUGCAUUAAAGAACAUAACCUUCAUGACCAAGGAGAAAACUGCUCGACUCAUCCCAAAUGCUAUCCAGAUUGUCACAGAGGGUGAAAAGUUUUUCUUUACAUCUUUUGGUGCCAGAGAUAGAAGUUACCUCAGUAUCUUUAGGUUGUGGCAGAAUGUACUGUUAGACAAGAGCUUGACCAGACAGGAAUUUUGGCAGUUGCUCCAGCAGAACUAUGGCAAUGAGCUCGGCUUAAAUGCUGAAGAGAUGGAAAACUUGUCUCUGUCGAUUGAGGAUAACGUGCAGCCAAGGAGUCCAGGAAGAAGUAGCUUGGAUGACUGUGGGGAGAGAGAUGAAAAAUUUUCCAAGUCCAUCAGUUUUACCCGAGAAGCAGUUAAUCGGGUUUCAGAAGCAGAAUCAAUUGAUGCAAAUCCACCAAAAGGGGGGUUAGGGAAAGAGGAACCUCAAAGUGAGAAACAGAUCAAAAAGAGUCCUUUACUAACUUCAGAAAAGAGGUUAAGAAGAAUGCCGUCAAAAUCACUGGACUUGAAUAAAAAUGAAUAUCUUUCUUUGGACAAAAGCAGUACUUCAGAUUCUGUUGACGAAGGAAGAUCUACUCUGUCACCCAGUGGCCAGAUAGAAAAUGUUCCUGAGAAAGAUCUUCAUGGAAGACUUUAUAUCAACCGUGUUUUUCGUAUCAGUGCUGAGAGAAUGUUUGAAUUGCUCUUCACCAGUUCACGCUUUAUGCAGAGAUUUGCCAAUUCUAGAAAUAUAAUCGAUGUGGUGUCCACCCCUUGGAAAGUAGAACCUGGAGGUGAUCAACUGAGAACCAUGACCUACACUAUAGUCCUUAAUAAUCCACUUACUGGAAAGUGCACUGCUGCCACUGAAAAGCAGACACUGUAUAAAGAAAGUCGAGAAGCACAAUUUUAUCUGGUAGAUUCAGAAGUAGUGACACAUGAUGUUCCCUACCAUGAUUACUUCUAUACCUUAAACAGAUACCAUAUCAUCCGAUCCUCAAAACAGAAAUGCCGGCUGAGAGUUUCCACAGAUUUGAAAUAUAGAAAGCAACCAUGGGCCAUUAUCAAAUCUCUAAUUGAAAAGAAUUCCUGGAGUUCAUUGGAGGACUAUUUCAAACAGCUUGAAUCAGACUUGUUAAUGGAAGAAUCUAUGUUAAAUCAGUCUAUUGAGGACACUGGAAAACUUAGCAGCUUGCGAAGGAGAAGGCGAACAUUCAACCGCACAGCAGAGACAGUUCCUAAACUUUCUUCUCAGCGUUCUUCUGGAGAUGUGGGCUUAGAUGCCAAAGGGGAUGUUUCAGGAAAGAAAAAGGAAAUGGAAAACUGUAACUUUGCCCUUAUUGUGGUGAUGAGUAUUUUUUUGCUGUUGCUAGUUCUGUUGAAUGUGACGCUGUUUCUGAAGCUGUCAAAGAUAGAAUAUGCUGCUCAGUCCUUUUACCGUCUCCAUCUCCAAGAAGAGAAAUCUUUACAUUUAGCCUCUGAUAUGGUGUCAGAAGUGGAAAAUAUUCAGAAGAAAAGAGAUCAGGCCCGUCGUUUAAAAGGAGUACUCCGAGACUCGGUCAUGAUGCUUGAACAGUUGAAGAGCUCACUCAUUAUGCUUCAGAAAACUUUUGAUCUACUAAAUAAGAACAAGACUGGUAUGACUGUCGAAAGCUAGUGAUCUCAAGGCCUGAAAUUGUAGAGAUACUUGGAACUAAAAGAAAACACCUUAAAGAAAGCCAGAGGAUGGAAGAUUUUAAUUGUCAUGGGAACAUUUCCACAUUUUCUCAUUAUUGGUACUUCUAAUAUAAACAUUCUUUUUAAUAACAUUAAUUUGAUAACUAGUUUCUGAUGGCCUCAACAAUCCAUUCUUUCACUUCCUAUACAUAAUUCUAAGCAGUGAAUUUCUCCAGUGAAGCAUGAAAUUUGUGGAUUUGAAUUUCUGAUACAAAAAGAAAAUGAGACACUGAAUUGAGUAGUGUGGCCUAAUUUUUACAGUGAGGUUUGAAGUCUGAUGCUUUAUCUGUUAGCACAGAAUCAGUAUGUCUCCAGUAGGCUGCUUUCCCAGUUGAGAUACAUUCAAGAGGCUAAAGAAGACAAUAGAAGAAUGAACCUCUUUAUCAUUACUACUUUUGAAGGACCAUUUUUCAGGCAUAUAUUCUGACAUUUCCAAGUUUGUGUACUGUAUUAUAGUGUCUGAAGUUAUUCAGCAUGCAUAUUCAAUUGUCAACCUUUUGAGACUGUAAGUUGGUAAUUAUUAUCUGAAACAUUCUUGAGCCAUAUUGUAUCUUUUUGAAGAAAUAGUUGUUUCUUCUUUACGUAGCUAUCAGGGGUGAGAUUUUCUUGUUUCAAAUGGCAGAAGAGACAAUUCUGAAAAAGGACACAUGAAGGAUACCAACACUCAAAAUGAAGAACCAUGCUUUCAUUUUAAAAACCGGAUGAUUAUGUAAAAAUCUGGGCAUUUAGUGACAUAUCAAAUGAAUACUUGAACUAAGCUUGGCUUCAGCUUAGCACUCUUUCAUGGUAGAAGUGAACCACCUUGUUGAAAAUUGUGGAUUACUUUUUAGUAGCCACAUAAUGUCUCCAUUUAUUCACUCGUGUGUGGCUUGUUUCAGUGGGUAAGUUAUAAGCAGACACAAACUUUAGCUCUUCAGUAAAAACUUUUGGGGUCACUGUGUCCCAAUACUAGUGCACUGACUGACUGAAGUUUGAAGUCAGACGGAAGUUUUGGCUCUUUGAUGAAACGUUUUUAGGCAUAUAUGUCUCGAUACCUGGAACAAGAGAAGGACAGUGUGGAAUAAUUUGUAUGUAUUCUUACUGUUUGGACAAUGCUUGCCUUUAGUUAAGUGUUUCUUUCUUUCCCCAGAGCCCCAUGAGGUUGCUAAAGUCAUUUUUGAAAUGCCUGUAGAGAAUGACAGUAUUGACUUGAUUACAGGGAAAUGGUUUCUCUGGGUGAUUCCCAACAAACCUACCUUGGGGUACCAGUGUACUUACCUGGGAGUUUUCUGAUUUAUGAAGUGUGGCUGUGAUCAAGAGUCACUGGACUAUAAACUUGAAGACUUUGUUCUCUGUUAAAUUCACAAAAAUGAUCAGUGGCAAGCUGAAUAUUUUGUGAUGCUUCUUUAAAAACCUGUACUUCGUAAAUAUACCUCAAAGACAAUUACCAAAGUUGCUUUAUAGAUUGACUAAACAUGUAUGUAGGCAGAACUGAGUUAAUUGUAUGAGCCUGUUAUAUAAAUUGAGUAUCAAUAAAACCCAAAAUGUCUGA